GAGUCGAUCCUCUUUAAGGUCAUACUGUAGUCACUGUGAAGUCGACCUAGAGAAGUAAAGAGAAAGAAGAGAGCCAUAGCUUUGGGAUAGUGAGGGACGGAUUGUCUUUGUUGGAUGCUGCGAUGACGAUCUUAUUGGCCAUUCCGUUUUUAGUCCUGGUCGUAGCCAUGACGAUGACCACAUGCGCUCAGACGGAGAUGAAGCGAGUCGUCGGGGACAACGCCACGCUGCCCUGCCACCACCAGUACUGGCCUGGCGACGAGCCCACCCUGGACAUCGAGUGGCUCCUCCUCAAGCCCACCAACAGGCAGAGGGUGCUGAUCACCUACUUCGCCGGCCGGGUGUACGACCCCAACGAUGCGGACCGGGGACGCAUGGGCUUCGGCGGGGACUACCUGAGGGGGGAUGCCUCGCUGCUCAUCAGCGACCUGACCCUCACCGACUCUGGGGAGUACAGCUGCAAAGUGAAGAACGGCGGGAAGUACGAGUGGACCACCAUCAGCCUCAUAGUGCUGGUGAAGCCCUCCAAGCCGCGGUGCUGGAUGGAGGGGAAGCUGCUGGAGGGGGCCGAUGUGAAGAUGAGCUGCAAGUCGAGCGACGGCUCGGACCCCGUCCUCUACAAGUGGGAGCGUCUGAUGGACAAGGGCAAGUACGCUGGCAAGCUGCCCCCGAUGGCCCUUCUAGACUUGAAAAAUCCUGAGAUCGUGACUCUGAAGAACCUGACCAAGGAGAGCGCUGGCGUGUACAAAUGCACAGCGAGCAACGACGUGGGAGAGGAGAGCUGCAUCGUGGAGGUCAAGAUGCACUACGUGCGCGGGAUGGGCGUGGUCGCCGGGGCCGUGGUGUGCGUGUCCUUUGGCGUGCUCCUCAUCAUCCUCACCGUGUGGCUGGUGUUCCGCAAGAAGGAGAUGAAGAAGUACGAGGAGGAGGAGACGCCCAACGAGAUCAGGGAGGACGCAGAGGCCCCCAAGGCCAAGCUGGUGAACCCCAACUCCCUCUCCUCCUCCCGCUCCGGCAGCUCCCGCUCCGGCACCUCCUCCACCCAGUCCAUGGUGCACGGGGCCCCGCCUCCGCCGCCGUCCCAGCAGCCCCGCGCCCAGCGGCCCUGCGUGCCCGCCGUGGCCGCCCUCCGGGAGGGGAAAGCCAGCCAGCCCCAGCCCCCGGCCUACCUCCAGCACCCCGGCCACACCCUGCCCCCCCACGGCCAUGCCCACGCCCCGGGCCCCGCCAGGACACCCGAGCCCCGGGCGGCCGUGCCGGCGCUGACCCCGCCCCCCUCCUCCUCCUCCAACAACACGGCCGGCUCCCACCUCCACCCCCGGCCCAAGGCCGGGCCCAACCCCAAGCUCAGCCCCGCCAACCUGGCCCGCAUGGGGGCCAUGCCCGUCAUGAUCCCCGCCCAGUCCAAGGCUUUCCAGACUGUGUAG